GAGCGCUGCCAAACGAAGGCGGAUGGAAUUGCUGAAGUUUUCUGGUCUGGGCAAUUCACUGUUACCAGCCAAUUUGCGGAAACGGUCCAAUUUUGAAGCGGCAAGGGACGAGCUUGUGGGGAUGCUGGAUAAGUUGUUUAGGAGACAUCUCGUAUCACCAUCAACACUUCCGUUAUAUGAAGUAUUUUUCCAUCAGCCUGAGGGUGGCCGGGGAAAAAAGGUAUGUUCGUUGUGCGCUUGAACCAGACUGAACAAGGACAUACCAAUGCGCCGUCGUGUCAUUCUUUGAUUGUGAAUACUUCGUAUCAACAGGCCUAUCCCUG